CCAUAGGGGACACACAGGUCACAGAAAGUGACACACCAGGUGGCCUGUGCCCCUGUGACACCUCAGGGCAGCUGUCCCCCAACAACAAGGAAGCUGAGCCCCCACUGGAGCCAAAUGUGGGACUGGCAGGUCCCCAGGACAAUAUGGAGGCCUCCAAGGCCCAGGGAAGGCGCCAGCCUCCUCCUCUCAAGCCCCCAUGCAGGAACAAGGGAAGAGUAGUCUGGUACUCUGGGUCAUGCCCUUACAGUGACUGGCCCCCUCCCCUGAAGGAAAAGCCUCAGAGGGGACCAGGACCCCAAGAGCCUGAAGAGGAACUGCAACCUGUGCAGGAGAUGACCACAGAGGCCAUGCAGGACACAGAAGGGGGAACGCCAGGUGGCCUGUGCCCCUGUCACACCUUGGAGCAGCUGCCCCCCAACAACAAGGAAGCUGAGCCCCUGCUGGAGCCAAAUGUGGGACUGGCAGUUCCCCAGGACAAUAUGGAGGCUGCCGAGAUGCAGGGAAGUCGCCAGCCUCCUCCUCCCAAGCCCCCACGCAGGAACAAGGGAAGAGUAGUCUGGUACUCUGGGUCAUGCCCUUACAGUGACUGGCCCCCUGCCCUGGAGGAAAGACCUCAGAGGGGACCAGGACACCAGCAUCCUGAAGUGGAACUGCAACCUGUAGAGGAGAUGUCCACAGAAGACAUACAUGACACAGAAGGGGACACACCAGGUGGCCUGCGCCCCUCUGACACCUCGGCACAGCUGUCCUCCACCAACAAGGAAGCUGAGCCUCUGCUGGAGGCAAAUGUGGCCCUGCCAGGUGCCCAGGACCAUAUGGGGGUCCCCGAGGUCCAGGGAAGGCACCAGCCUCCUCCCAAGCCCCCAUGCAAGAACAAGAUGACCAUGGGGGACAUGCAGGAUGCAGAGAGGAACCCACCAGGUGGCCUUUGCCCCUGUGACACCACGGGGAAUAUUCCCCCCAUCAUCACAGAUGCUAAGCACCACCUAAAGACCUGUAUGGCCCUGCUGGCACUCCAGGACAGGAUCCCCAUAACCCAAGGAAGACAGCAGCCCCUGACGAAGACCCCACAUUGGAACAAAGGCAGAGUCUCCUGGCUCCAGGCACAGGAGCUCCUGAGGCUGCUGGAGACAACCACCCAGGACACACAGAGCCCCAGCAACCCAGUUCUGAACACGCAGCUGGCUCUGCUCAGGGAGUGUCUGCCUGCCCCUGAGCUGCCAGCUAUGGCUGUGGCCUCAGAGCCUCUCCCCAUGGAAGUUGCUCCCACAUCUGAAGAGGUCUGCUUCGUGUGGUUCAUCCUAAUCCUACUUUAUCUCUUAUGGAAAUUCAUGUUCUUUUAGAUGUCAGUCUGAAUAAAGUGUGGAUUCCA